AUGAAUCCUUCCUCCAACUCCCCCGGAUCCAAUCGUCAUGGAAAACGGCCGAAGAUUUCGUCCUCAUCCUCAUCUUCAUCGUCUGAGUCAUCAUCUUUCUCUUCCAUUGACAGAACAAGAUACGCCGCCGCCACUGCCACCGACGUCGCCACCACCAUGACCGCCGUAGCGGUCGAAGAAGAGGGACAAAAAUCCUUGGCCAUGCAAGCGGAUUGCUAUGUUUGUGGGCGACAAUUUGGGAAUUGGAAGGCGUUGUUUGGGCACAUGAGAUGUCAUCCUGAGAGGGAAUGGAGAGGAGUUAGGCCGUCGGCGGAGGGAGAAGAAGGUUCGAGAGGAAGGAGGAAAUGGCGGCGACGAACGGGAGAAGAGACGACUGAGGCAGCGGCGGCGACGACCGGUGAGUAUGCAUGUGGGGAAUGUUUGAGAGUGUUUGGGACAAGACAAGCAUUGGGAGGGCAUAGAGCAAGUCACAGAGGAGUGAUGGGAUGCAGCGCGAAGGCGAAGGAGACGACGACGGGGACGGGGGCGGCUGCGGCUGCGGAGUUGAGAGGAGUAAGAGGAGAUGGGAGGACAUUUGUUUGUCCGCUGUGCGGACGACAGUUUGCAACAUAUCAUGGGAUGAGGGUUCAUCAGAGAGUUCAUCGUCGGCAACAUGGAGAGACGGCAUUGAGUGGGAGAGAAGAGAGGGGGUUCAUGGUUGAUCUGAACCUCCCGCCGCCGCCGGAAGCCGAGGAGGAGGAAGUUAAAGACGUUGGAAAUUACUGA